ACACGUGAUCGGAGUGCCUCCCAGAAGGAAAUGAUACUUGCCUGAACAUGUUUUGGCGUCUCACGCUGGGGGUCUUGCAAAGAAGAGUAAUGUAUAAGUGUUAAAGAGUGUGACUAUUAUUAAUAUAACGACAAUUGCAGCGUCAGUAUAUGCUGUACAGAAUGGCAACCGUUAACAUUGCAGACCUCAGAAGAUGCGUGCAGGAUGUCCCUUCGUUAAGAAGCUGGAUCCUGGAUUACUUGUACAGACACAGGCUGUUGGAUAUUGUGAAAGGAUUCACUAAGUUUGAAGACCUUUCGAAGACUGGCAUUCUCCAUCUUCGCAUUCUAAGCACAGCCAUGUGGUGUAUUAUGAAGAGCGAAGACAUGGAGCAUUUUCCAAGGAUUCUGGAGUUUCUUGAGUGGAGUUAUGAGGAGAACCCUGAUCUGGUCUGUUUCAGGCAUUAUAUCAAAAUGUGUACAGCACUGAAGGCAAAGAUUAUAGUAAAUAUGCUUGUGAAACAGCAUAAUCUACUGAACAUCCUUAAAUCUCUCAACGAAUUCUUUCCAGAGAACGGCAUCCAGUAUGCUCAAGCUACAAGAAGAGAUAUUAAAAAAUUAAGCCUCUGCUUUCAACAAUUUCGUAAGCUGGUUCUAAGAAUGAUUCGAGAUGAAAGUUUUCGCAAGCAGUACAUUGAGGUUGAUCUAGAAAAUGAAUACGGUGAGCGGUUUACAAAUGCUUUACAGAAGUUAUUUUGGGAAUAUCUUGAAAGACUUGAAAGCACAUUCCAUCCACCGAAGAUAGAGCAGCUCUUGUCUGGUGAAAUAAACAGUGAUUGUACCGAAGAGGAGUGUAUAUUGGCAGAAUUACUUCAAAAGCAGACCCUCAGUGUUCCAGACACGUUACAACGGCUUUUGCAGUGUAUCAUGGAGCAAGACUGUUCACAGGAAUUGGUUCCAGCCAGCAGCCAUGACGAUAGUGAACCAAACCUGAUAGCAUCCAGUUUGGAAGCGUCUUUAUAUCAAGAAGGUAACUGCUUGGAGAGGGAAGGAGGACAUGAGAAAGAUAGUAGAGAACAGCUGAACGUAGGUGAAGACAACAAUGGACUGGUGGAAACCAAUGAUACAAAUGGAACCAUUUUAGGAACCAUUUCUGAUCUACAAAUGAAACAGAGGGGCAAAAAACAGAGAGAAAAUAAUGUUUGUGUAGAUAUCAUAGAGUUACCAAAUAACUCGAAGAGUUCACUGGUAAAUGGAAUUAUGCCACAUGGAACUGAAACAGUCCAAGUAGGGACAUCUCCAGUUUAUGGAAAAGAAAUUGAACAACUCAGUGAAAAUGUUGAGGCUGGCGAUACAUUGCAUGAAACCACCACAUCAGUGCUUGAAGAUGUGUCUUAUAAUGACAGCGAUGACCAGGAUGAAGAGAGCAUGGAUGUGAUAUGUCUUGCAGAUUUUGACGUAACAUCGCUUGAGGAUUGCUCGCAGGGAAGAACUAAUACAGAUGCUUCCUUAGCUAAUAAUUCUUGUAAGCCAGAAGGUCCUAGAGUGGAGUCAGAAGCUUACUCUACCGCACCAGUGUUUUCUGCUUUGAGAAUGGAUUCUACCUCCUUUGAAGAAUCUGAAGAAAACAUGUCUCCACCUGACCCUUUCCAGUCCCAGAAACAAAGCCAGUUAGAGAAAGCCAGGAACCCAGUGCCUGUAUAUCAUUACAAUAGAAAUGUCUUGAGUGAACCAAAUGAGUGUCAGUUAGAUACAGACAAUAUACCGAACCAGCCAGGUGAAAGAUGUGGACACCGCAACAGGGCCUGGACUGUAUCGGUUGGAGCUGUUGAGCAGCUACAAGUCAAAAUGCACCAAGGUGGUGAUGCUGAAAAAUGUAUGACUGACUACAUGUUGUGUUCAGAAGAAAGCCCAGAAAACUUGUGCAGCCGUGGCAGACGGACGGAUGUACAAAGCGUAGACUCCCUUCCAAAUCAGACCUCUGCCAAGAUGGUUUCACCAGUAAUUUCGGGUUUAAACAGGAAAUGUCAACCUAAUAGAGAAAAACAAAAGGAGAGCAUGGUUUCCACUCCAACCCUAAAUUCUGUUCAUUGCACAGACGGUAUUGUGUCCAAACAAGACAAAGGUGUUAAGUUAUCAAUGGAAUGCCAAAAGCUUCUUUCACAGUCUGCCAACCUCCAGCCUGUUGUCCUGCUCACCAGGUUACACAAUGUUUUGAAGUUGAACAUUGGGGAUGCCACCUUUCCUUUCUCCUAUCAGGCACUUUUAAGAGACGUUUCAUUUUGCACAUUCAGAAGAACAAAUAUUUAAAUAAUCAGUUGUAAAUGUUUGAAAGUUUCCAAAUAACUGUGAAGCAUGUAAGCAGUAGAAAUGAACAGCUACAGUUAAUGUGAAACACAAAUACGAUGUAGCUUCUUAACAACCCAUUACAGUCUGUAUGUUCAGAACCAAAACAAGAGAUUUGGGAAAUAAUAACCAACACAGGGCUUUUUAUCAGUAAAGCAUGUUAGUGUUACAGUUUCUGUUUAAGUUAUUUAUAUAAUAAUAUCGAUGGUCUGAUUAAGAAUAUACUUUACAUAAUUAUAAUUUAAAUGUUUGUCUUAUUUUAGGCCUCAAUAGCAUGGAUAGCUUUAUUUUAACCUUUUUUUCUGUUGUGUUUUUUUGGGGGAAUAUCUUGAAAGCGUAUUCCCUCCACCGAAGAUAGAGCAGGUAUUGAAUACAAGACAUAAAAUCCACAGGGUGGGGAAUCUUGCUCAUUUGGGGGCAUUAUUUCAAAAUGAUAGACAUAAUGCUACAUGUCUAUAAAAAAAACAGUAAUUUUGAUGACUAUCAGAAAAAAAAUCUUAACUGUAAUUGCAAACAGGGCAAAAAUAAAUAAAAUGAAUUAAUGUUUCAAUUUGUUUUCGACUUUUUAAACUUUUUAAUCUUUUUCCCAAGUAACAAAGAUACGACUGUUGUUCAGCCUUUGGUGACUUUCACAUGAUAUGAAUUGCUCUUGUAAUGCUGAAAUGUGCAUAUCUCGAUUACCCAUAAUUCUGUAGUUACUGAUUUCUGCCACUUAACUCAAAAGCGACUUGUAUUUAAAUUAUAUAUGUUUUUUUUUUUUUAUACGUGUUUUUCUUUAAAAUAUUGAACAUAUACUGGAGGAAUGUCACCAAAAGGGUUUUUUGGGCAAGCUGCUUACCUGGGGGAUUGUAUGUUCAAUAUUUUUUGUUUGUUUAAUUGAAAAUGUAAUAUGUUUCCCUAUAUGCUUCCUACAUCUAGAGAUUACCUGUAUUGAGAUAUACAGCACAAAUCAGUGUUGUUGGAAAACAUGGAUCGAGAAUUGAUUAGCAGUUUGCUACGCAUGUGGACUGGCAGAGCUAUACUGGUGU